CUAAUAAAGCACCGACGGCUUUUGUCGUACGUCGCGGCAUUUUUGCAAAAAAGCCCCUGAGGUUUACCGAAACCAACCCGCAGUCCUCCCUGAAGCUGGGGCUCGUCUGCCUACGCGCGUGCAGAAACAGAGAGCUCGCGGAUCUGGCCGACGAUGUGAGCUUCGCAGUAGGGCUCCGGCGUGGCGAGGAGGGCAAGGAAGUUCGGAUCCACAUGGCUGCGCGGGUCGGGGACGCCGCAGCGCUGCGUCGCGCGCUGGACGAGGCGGCGAUGGUCGUGGCGGUAGGAGAGGGGCUGGAGGCGGUCCGCUGCGCCGUGGCCGCGGAGGCCAACGAGGCCCGGGAGACGCCGCUCCUGGCUGCCGUGGAGAAGGGCCGCCUCGAGGUGGUGGUGGAGCUGCUCCGGCACCUCGACGCCCAGGGCGUCGCCGCGGAGGCCAACGAGGCCGGGAAGACGCCGCUCCUGGCCGCCGCGGAGAAGGGCUACCUCGAGGUGGUGGUGGAGCUGCUCCGGCACCUCGACGCCCAGAGCGUCGCCGCGGAGGCCGCCGGGGCAGCCCCCCUCGUCACCGCGGCGUUCCUCCUGCUGCCCCUUCGCCUCCUCUCACUCGCUUUCAGCCUCCACCUCCCCACCUUCCCACCCGUCUCUCCGGCCCGCCGCUCCGCCGCGGCGCUGCUGACCGUCGCGGCGCUCCUCACCGUCACAUGCGCCACACCCGAGGCUGGAUCCAUCUUCGCCCCCGACGGCUAGGCCCUCCGGUCGGAGAUCAGCGAGCUCAGGCUGAAGCUCGCGCGGUUGGGUCGCUUCCAUGACCAGACUUCAAAUAGGGGAGCUUAGUUUGCUUCUCAUCAUCAACUAUGGCCAUCUUUGCGUGGGCAUUUUUUUCCCCAAACUGAACUUGUCUAAACUAAAUUGUAUUGAUGUUCAGUUUAUAUUUGUAUUGAAGGAGUCGUGAAGGAUGUACAACCCGACAAAUUAAUCCUGGACAACGGAGAGGAUGUUCCUUAUGGUUUGCUUGUAUGGUCUACUGGAGUUGGUGCUUCAUCAUUCGUCAAGUCAUUGCCAUUUCCUAAGUCAGCUGGAGGAAGUGCCAGAUGUAUUCGCUGUUGGUGAUUGCUGUGGAUUCCUUGAAAGCACUCGCAAGAAAGUUCUCCCAGCCUUAGCUCAGGUUGCCGAGCGACAAGGCUUGUACCUUGCUCGCCUGCUCAACAGUGUGAUGAAAGCUGGAGGAGGGCAUGCAAACUCCCAUGUUAAAGUUGAUCUAGGUCCAAAGUUUGUGUAUAAGCAUCUAGGGAGUAUGGCAACCGUUGGAAGGUACAAAGCUCUGGUGGAUCUGAGGCAAAGCAAGGGCUCGAAGGGCAUAUCCAUCGCAGGAUUUGCAAACUAGUUCAUCUGGCGCUCGGCAUACGUGACUCGUGUUGUCGAAGUUAAACUCUCUGUUGAGUGUGUCAGGGUUGCUUCUUCUAUUUUCAGUUGUUCGUUGACAUCUACAUUAUUUUCAUCAUUCCAGGGCAACAAUUUGCAAUUGCUCAAAUUGAAGAGUUGUGUUUGAAUCCUGAUCAAUCGAUACCAAACGACCAAAUUCAUGAAAUUGUCGUCUUCCUUCACCAGACCGAUGGCCUGACAAAGCAUAUGGAUACUUUUAGUAACAUUGCUUCUCUUCUAGAAGUUGGACAGAGUCCUUUUUUUGCUCCCAUCCUCAAGGAGCAGUAUGAUGCUCAGUCAAUAAAUCCUUCAAGGUGUUUAAUCUUCCA